UUGGUUUUGCAUCGCAUCGUUAUUUUGAGGCGCCAUUUCCGGGAGGAUAUUUAAAGGAAUCACAGCGUUUUGAGACAGUUUCCAAAGAAAAUGCCACCGAAACGUGCAAAGAAACCGACCCCUCAGAACGGGUCCACUCCAACGGCAUCUGCAAAUGAGGGACUCGAUCCAGGAAAGCCAGUCCUCUAUAUUGAACAUUGCCGCUCCUGUCAUACCUUUGGCAAACGUGCCACCGAGAUACAUGCCACAUUGCAGGAACGCGGAUUGAAGCAACUUCAAUUGCAGCUCAAUGCCCUGGAUCGUCCACCACGACGCGGAGCAUUUGAGUUAAGUUUGGCCUUGCGCCCCACUGCAGAGGCAACCGAGCAGCAGGCGCUUUGGUCAGGUCUAAAGCGUACUCCGCGAGCUCAUAAAUGGCCCAAUAUGGAUGUUUUAUAUGAACAAAUCGUGGAUGCUCUGAACAAGAACCAGCGUCAGAAAGAAGAGUCAAAGAAGAAGGAGAAGCCAAAAGCCACAGCCACAGCUACGCCAAAGACAUCGAAAAAACGCAAAGCUGACACCAGCGACAACCUUGAACAACGCUUAACACGCUCUUCGUCGGCGAAGCGCUCAAAGAAUUCCACACCAAAAAAGAAGUAAAAUCUGGAAUUUGGUCUUCAGUUGCUGGAAUCCAAAUCAUGGACCAACUAGAAGAAGACUAACAGUCAUAUUUACAAUUAUGUAUAAAGUGUAUCCGCAGAUGUUACUAUUAAAUUUAUGAAUACAAUAUAUAA